GUCACGCUUCCUACCGAAACGAGCUGUCGGUAAAGGCAAUACGACGUCACUUGAGAACCAAAUAUGGCCAUUUAAGCUAAUACAUAGUGUAGUUGCAAGCGUGCAGUAUGUCCGAGGCGGCUGUAGAGGAAGUUUCGGUUUUAUCCUCGAUAUACUGCGGAGAGGGCGAGUACCAGCUCGUACAGCAGUCCGAGGAUGGGAUAGUUGUACAGAUCAACACCACUAUUGGAGUUCAGAAGAGGGGGGAGGUGAGCCUGCAGUUCUGUCUGCCCCCCUUCUACCCUCUCAGCCCCCCCGACAUCUCCGUCUCCUCCCUCCUCCUCUCCAGGGGACAAUGUCAGAACAUCAGACAGAAGCUUCUGGAACAAGCUGCCGCCUUACCCCAGGAACCAAUGGUUCAUCACCUGGUUGUUUGGUUACAGCAGUCUGGGGAGAUGAUAGAGGAUGAGACAGGAGAAGAGGAACAGAUGAAGGAGAGAAAAGAGGACGAGAGCAGGAAAGAGGAGUGGACAACAGUGCUGCUGUUGGACCACAUGCGUUCCAGAAGCCGUUACGUGAAACUGCUGGACCGCUGGACUCACCAGUUGCAGCUUACUGGCAGGUUAUUGCUAGGACGAUACAUACUUAUUAUUUUGAAGGGAGAUCGACCCAACAUCAAGGAGUUCUGUCGCCUAUUGAAGACGGUGAAGGUGGACGUUGAUUCUUCGGGCAGGAAGUGCAAAGAGAGAAUGAUGAAGAUUCUCUGCGAAACACCCUCAUCCUCUUCGGAAUUUGGUCCACCAGGUUUUACUGUCAAGGAAUACCAGUCGGUCUCAGAGCUGACAGAAGCGUUCCAGGAAAUCAAAAUGGCUGAGCUUUACCAGCAAAUACUGCCAUGGCUGACCGACUGACUGGUUCUUUCUAGCUGACUGAAGUAAGCCUGCCAGGAGCUUUUGGGACAGAUAUUGAAUUAAAUACCACGAUCAUAAAGUGCCAUAUAGCUUGUUUCUAAAGCUGUUGCUCCAUCCUCUGGCCAGAAAGGGGCUUAAAAUCUCUGGAACAGGGGCAUCCGGGUAGCGUAGCGGUCUACUCCAUUGCCUACCAACACAGGGAUCUCCUGUUCGAAUCCCCGUUUUGCCUCCGGCUUGGUCGGGCGUCCCUACAGACACAAUUGGCCAUGUCUGCGGGUGGGAAGCCAGAUGUGGGUAUGUGUCCUGCUCGCUGCACUAGCGCCUCCUCUGGUCAGUCGGGGCACCUGUUUGGGGGAAGGGAGAACUGGGAGGAAUAGCGUGAUCCUCCCACGUGCUACAUCCCCCUGGUGAAACUCCUCACUGUCAGGUGAAAAGAAGCGGCUGGUGAUUCCACGUGUAUCGGAGGAGGCAUGUGGUACUCUGCAGCCCUCCCCGGCUCGGCAGAGGGGGUGUAGCAGCGACCAGGACGGCUCAGAAGAGUGGGGUAAUUGGACGGAUACAAUUGGGGGGGGGGGAAUCCAACAAAAAAAAAAUCUCUGGAACAGAGAUAACAGAAACUAGCAACCAUGGAGGUGCUCUGUGCACACACACCUGUUUCUAAGCUUCCUAAGAGCUUUUUAUAUGAUAAUUAAUUGUUUAAAUAUGGUGACAUGACAUUCACAAACGAGCAAAUGUUGUAUCUUGCCAGUCUCAUUAAAAAGAGACCGCAUAUAUACUGCUGGUGGACUUUCUGGACAUUUGUGUUAAAAAGCAUAGCAAUUUCGCUUCUGCAGAUAAAAGUUGGGCUUCACGUGAUGUAGACAGGAAAUGAUUUCAGUAAUGUCAUGAAUGAAAAGUUCAGAAAUUUCUGGCCUGCUCUCAACAACACUUUAUUUAUUAUUUGAUAGCUGGCUAACCUAUGGGAAUAACAGGAUAAAGAAAUAUGCCACUACAGUCGGUCCCUGCAAUUUCUCCAGCAUGAUUAUUUUCAGAAAAACACUUGAUAUUGAUGGGUUGUUGUUGUUUUUUUGUUUUUUUGCAUAAUUUACUACACUGUAUAAGAGUGAAGUUAUUGAAUAUGUUUCCCAAUAAAAAU